UGGGAGUCGAAAGGGAGAAAAGAUGGGCAUAUACUGAUAGCUGUAAUUACUGGGUCUACAACUCAGCGUGUCAAGUAUGUUGCUACAAUGUAAUCAUUCACUACUAGCAACUUGUGUUUUGAUUGCGUUUGGCUAAUGAGACCAUGCAAACAGUUGGCCAUGCACAGCUGCUCCAGGUCAUGGUUUUCCCGACUAUCACAGACUAUCCCCCUUUUCUGCCCAUCCUUGCAACUAGCCUUGACCCCAGUUUGCUGCUUAAUCUAAAACCGAACCCCAUCUCCAAACAUUCCGCGCAUUUUCGUCUCGAUGACAUGGCUGGAGUGGCUUCAUCAGGAAUCUUUGAAAGCCAAGGCCUGCAUCAGAGUCUGGUGCAAGAGCAUAACCGCCAUGAUCCCAGCAAUCGUGGGUAAGUCGUGUUCAGCGUGUUGAUCAACCCCGAACUCAAUUUGCUGCUAACAUCGGACGCCGUCAAGACCAGUAAUUCGUUUUGUCAAGCCAUUGUACGACAAAGAAACAGGGCUUAUUAGUGAUUUCGAAGAACAUGACAAGCAGCCGAAGUACUGUGACGUAGUCGAUGAAGGGAUCACAAAAAUGCUGAAAGUAGCCCAGUUUGACACGCAGCCGAUGUCGAAGUGUCUCCUGUACCGUCUCCCCCUGGAAGUCAGACUGAAAAUAUGGGAAUGCCUAUUCCCGCACAACUGGAGCACCGUGGAGCUAGAGAAAUUCGCACAGACAACCACGGGCCUCGCUAUCCUCCUGACUUCACAUCAGAUCUUCCAUGAAGCCUUGCUGGUCUUUUUCUAUUCGCUUCCAUACAGCAGGCUUAUCCUCAAGGAGUACGGAGGGUCCACUGUGCAUUACCUCAAAAGUGUCCCCCUUAAGCUGGAUCGAUGCAUUUAUAAGCGCAGAGGAUUCAUUUGUCUCGAUAUUGAGUGCGACAAAGAAAGAACGUUUGGUUCGCUUGUGCUCUCACUUGGUGACAAGAACCAUGAAGCGGCAGUUCGAUGUCGCUGGGGGUUUUCGCUCUUCAUUACCACCUUGAGAAUGGAGGGACCAUUGCGUGUCCACGACUUGACCGUCGCUGUCACUGAAAAUUGGAAAAUCCCCGGGUUUGACGAGAACGAUUUGAUCCAGGCUUUGUUCAGUGGAGCUUUCGAGGUCCUUGGGAGACUGAUAUUCGUGGGCUUCACUAGGAUGGAACGAAAACGUCUCACCAACCUAAUACUCGCGAGGCAGGACCCGUGCGUGCAGCUCAUGCGACGUAGGAGUGACGUUGAGGAUAUAGUUCGGUAAGUGGAAGUUCCUAGCAUAGUGUUGGUCAUGUCAUUGGGCCACCUUAUUGGCUCGUUAGAUGCAUUGCAGCACGAGGUCAAUGACGGCAAAGAAGACAUCUCUAUCCGCGUCGGCAGUUUCAAGCCCAAGGCCCAAAACGAGCAUACGUUUCUCAUUGGGCGUCUUGGUGACAAUGGCACUGGCGAUUUGACGAGCAUAAAGCUGACCAACUACCUCAUGACCAGGAGCCCGGCCACCGAGCAGUGACGUGGCAGUCAAAUUGCCAAUAGGAAGAAGACUGUCCUCAGCCGGCUCAGAAAUGGUGUGAAAGCCCUCUGUUCCUGGGUUUUUGUUCUCAAGUGGCACGUGAAGCCAAUGUCCUAGUCGGCCUUUCUGUGAGAUUGUGAUUAGAAUUCUGUCACUAAAUUUGAUCAAGGUGACAUUUGUCUGGAUCCCCUUGACAUCUCCAACAACCUGCUUCGUGACUGCGGGGUAGGGCAGGUUUAGAUCCUGGAGUUGGUUGAUGUCAAAAGGCGCACUAUCCAUGGUUGUUUUUUGUUGUCCCUAAUGUUGAGAGAUACUCUGACAAGCAAUAAAAUGCACAAGUUCUCUUCUUAGGAUGAUGAAAAAAGAAUAAAAAUAAACAGUAACACUAUAAUAAACACGAGGG